AUGGUUGUUGCUAGGGAGAUCCAGAGGGAUUGGAUCUCCUAUAGCCUGCAGCAACAAUUUUAUCAAACACUUUGUACAUGGACACUGCCUUCCAGCUCGAUGAAGGCUCUCGCGCCAGUUUUCUUAGACUCAUCAUGCAGUCUUUUGGCUGCUUCUACAUCUGCUUAUGGUCUUAUAUGCCCCCCUCCUUCUAACUGCUUAUUCUUUCUUGAUGGUGUCUAUGAUGAAGAAAAUCAACCAAGCUCUUCUUCUGGGAAUCAGGCUCGGAGGCUUUUUGAUGAGUAUCGGCAAUCAAUAUUCAAUGUUGUCGAAAAUGAAUGUGUUCCAGGAUUCGCUUUCAGGAAUAGUCUUCCAAAUCUAGAAUUGCAAGAAAUUGACCUACAAAGACUGGCAUCAAGCAGUGUACAGAGGCAAUUUUAUCAGGAAGCAAGGAUUAAGACUGCAGUUUUCAUGGGGUGCAAGAGUGGAGAGAUUGAGCUUGGCCUCUCCAAUGUGCCUCAAAUAAACAUAAAAAGGGAACUGAUGAGAAACUGGUUGCCAGAAGCUUUCUCCAGACAAUUAUCUCCACAUACAGCAGUUGCCAACAGGCCAAAUAAUCCUGAUCAGCAAAACCCACUUUCAUCCUCCUCCUCAUCUUUUAGAUCACUGUCCACCAUGGAUAGCCCUGAAUAUUCCUCCAUCCUCUUCAACAUUCCAACCACCACCACUACUUCUCACAUUAAUAUCCCAGAAGUCUUUACACAACCAGCUCCUAAUCCAUUGCAACCUAUUAAUAUUGUUACGUCAUUAGAACCAAUGCCACCUUUAAAUAUCAUUAGUAGUUCCAUUACUAGUCCUCAUCAAAAAGCCUUGCAAGCAUUUUCUCGAAUACGAAACACCCAAUUCCCUAACCCUGAGAUCGAAGAUGCCGCGAUGACAAGAGCCAUCCUUGCAGUUCUAUCUGCUUCUCCUUCUUCUUCUUCUUCACAUCAGCCACCACCACAAACUAAUGUUCCACCUUCUUCUUCUACUGCUCACUUUCUCACUCCAAAGACAAGUGCUUUCAAGACUUACAAUUCCUCACCUUUAGCCCCAAGAUCGCCGAAGAGCUCUAAUGUACGCAAGCAAAUCAUGCUCAAGAGAUCCAUUUCCUUCUUGAGAAGUUUGAAUCUAAUGAGACUUCGCGAAGGUAUCCAAGCUACUCGCCCCACUAGCAGUCAGCUUCAUCACAUGAUAUCGGAGCGUAAAAGGCGUGAGAAACUGAACGAAAGCUUUCAUACAUUGAAAUCACUACUUCCUCCAGGAACCAAGAAAGACAAAGCAUCGGUGCUUACAACUGCAAGGGAGUACUUGACUAGUUUGAGAGCUCAAGUUGCUGAGCUUAGUAAAAGAAACCAACAGUUGGAGGCAAGGCUUCCUCCAGCUGCCAAAGAAGCUUAUAAUGAAGAAGCAGCAGCUGCAGCAGGCUCCUCAAAUGAAAGAGUUAGUGUUACGCUUACACGAGUAGCAUCCGAAUCAACCCCAGAUCAAGAUCAGCAAAUUUUUGACUUGCAAGUGGUUCUGAGAUCAGUAGAAUGCUGCACUGAAGAUAUGGUGAUUCGAAUAUUGGAAUUCUUGAAGCGGGUUAACAAUGUAAGCUUGAUGUCCAUGGAAGCCAAUACUUGGAUGUCAGGAUCUGAUUCUAACGUCAACCGCGUAAUCUUGAGAUUAAGAGUUGAUCAGGGGACCGAAUGGGACGAGGCUGCCUUCCAGGAAGCAGUGAGAAGGGUGGUUGCUGACUUGGCAUUGAAUAAUUGCCGCAAUCAAUGA